UCUGGUAAACUCGAAGGGGAAGGUUGAGCGAGGUUAUCAGUGAAUUCUUUAUUGAAAAUCUAUCUUCAUCUAUCGGUUUGACCAUCUAAUUUUAAGUUAGAUAUUGUGUACGUAAGGUAGAUAGUGAGAUCUGCUUGCCUCGCCCGACAUGGGCGACUCCACAGGGGGUUCGGAGCCCCCUAGCACGUCUACCGGAAUUAGUAUCGGUGUGUCGCCUGCUUGUUCAGCUUCCAAGUGCUUGUCUCCUCUCCUAUCUCCAUCCUCUAUGAGAGUAGCACAGAACAUUUCUCGCGUUCAAUAUUUUGAUGUUCCAACACUGGAAGAACUAAAGACGCUUUCAGAAGAGCUUCAAAUGAUUAAAAAUCAAUUUUUGGAUGACCCAGAGAUGACGGUAGAAGUGGCGAAACUAAUGGUUAAUGUACGAAGAACAGUUAAUAGAAAAGUUUCCUACGCGUUAACGGAUCAGGGACCAUUCAUGGUGGUGAUGGAAGUAAUGGAGGAUAAAGUGGGGAAUAUUCAUCCCAUGAAUAUGGGGAAACAUUUUCAUCAAAAUAAAGUGCACAGUAUAGUAAGAAUCACAAAAAAGGGUAUCAACAAGAUCGGUAUUGAAUUUAAUAAUGCUGAUUGUGCAAACAAAUUCCUAAAUAACUCUAUCUAUUCAACAGAACAUGGCUACAAGAAAUACAUCCCUCAAAGGCUAGUUACGUGCAGGGGCCUUAUCUGGGAUUUAGGGGACAUAAUAAAUGCGGACAAUUUCUAUUCUGAGGCAGAGGCUUGUGUAAAGAAAGAAGGUACCUUGAAAAAAAUAAAAAUCAUCAACGUAAGAAGAUUGACCAAAAGGAUUAGAAUGCAGGCUUUGGAUGGGUCAGUUGUUUUCAAAUCUGUUCCAGCUAAGAAUUAUCUAGUGACUUUUGAAGGUAAGACUUUGCCUGAAUCAAUUAUAAUUUUUAAAAAUGAACGGGUUGUUGAUAAAUACAUCAGCCUUGUAAUGAUGUGUAUCAAUUGCUGCCGUUUCGGGCAUUGGAAAAACCAAUGUAAGCGUAAGGGCCGAUGUAGUUUUUGCACCCUGUAUUUAUGUGUGAGAAAGAGUCAAUUUCUUAAAAGAGAAAAAUGCCCUGAUGAUCACCUCAAUCCUGACCAUAUUUGUGUUAGGUUGGAAUCUGAGGUACCCCCUAAACCGAUAUGUAUCCAUUGUAGUGGUUUCCAUCAAGCAGCCUAAGAUCAACGAAGCCAUGGCUUGGUACAAUUUGUCAUUCUUUGAAGCUGAGAAACUUUUCCCUCCUGUCUCGAGAAAUGUAAAUUUUAACAGAAUUUCCGAAAACUUCCCCAAACUGUCCCCGAUGCAGGCAAGCGUUCCCCCUCUUCGGGAGUCUUCCUCUGAUUCAGAAAUGGAUACUUCCCGAGCGGUCUCUUGGGAAGAUUUUUGGUGUCAGUUCCAAGAUUUAAAACAAAUGUUAUUUCUGGAUAUUCAAGUCAUGAAUCUUUUAAUAAAAUAGAAAACCUUCUAUAUGUGAUUUCCGCGAGAGAGAGGGGGUUCCCUUCUAUAAACCCUGACCUCUAAGGUUAAAUUUCUGUUUCUUAACUAGUUUAUUUUUUACUUUUAUGAAGAUACUUCAUUGGAAUAUAUGUAGUUUUAGGCGUAAUAAAGAUAGUUUAAUUCGGCUUAUAAGGGACUUCUCUCCUCAUAUAGUUAUAAUUAAUGAAUCCUUUCUUCUACCUCAUAUUAAAAUUAGUCUUCCGGGAUUCUCCUUUGUUAGGGAGGAUCGUCCAGACUGCUAUGGCGGUAUUAUAGUAUUUGUUAGGUAUGGGAUUAAGUAUGGCGUAUUAGACGUUUCAGCGAUCCAAAGAGUUCAGAGGUGUCAAGUAAUUGGAAUUACAGUAAAUAGUUUUACAUUAGUUGCGGUAUAUAACCCUCCAGAUUUACGUGUUUCUAGAAGCAUUCUGGACCAACUUUUGGAGUUGAGUAAUGGAAGUCCAGUGGUGUUUAUUGGGGACUUUAAUGCUCAUAAUUUGGCUUGGGGUUCAAGAAUAGCGAGUAGGGUGGGAAUUGAAAGUGGUAAGGUUAUCCUAGAUUUCAUUCAAGAUAAUGGGCUGCUAAUUUUAAACGACGGUAAUGCAACUAGAUUUACCAGAAAUGAUACACAUUCUGUUCCAGAUAUUGUGUUCUGCUCCUAUCAAAUUGUUCCCGAUUUUGAUUUCCAGGUUUUGGGUGGGAGAGGUUUCAGUGAUCACUUUCCUAUCCUCUGUCAGUUAGGUGAUAUAAUGGAACCUGAUAAGUCGUUAAAGUCGUCUGCGACCGGCAACUGUAAUUUUAAUAAAGCAGAUUGGGUCUUAUUCUCGAGGCUAGUAUUUUCUACAAUAUCGCUUCUUCUGUUGCAGUCGGCUAGGAAAGCUAUUCCGAGCAGAAAGGGGAAUCACAAGUUUGGGUUACACUGGUGGGAUGAAGAGUGCUCUCGGGUGAUCCGUCUUAAGAGGGAGACUUUUAGGGGAUAUAAAAAUAAUCCCUCUGAUGAGAACUUUAUUAAUGUGAAAAAGAAUUAUGCUCUUUGCAGAAGGACUCUUAGAGCUAAAAGAAAAAGUAGUUUAGUAAAAUUUUGCGAAAGCUUGUCUCCCUUUAAUAGAGUUUCCGAAGUUUGAAAAACGGUCAAGAUCUUUGCUAGAUCCCUUAAUCCUCUUAAUAGGCGCUUUAAUCUAAAUUACACUGUCCCACAGAUGUUACUUGACUCUCUUACAUCUCCAGUUGAACCAGCUAAUAAUCUCCCUCCUCCCAUAUUUUCGGUUAAAUUUUCCCCUAGGUUCUCCUUGGACGAGUUUAUCUCCACAGUGGAGGGUCGCAAAAGCACUUGUCCUGGAAUGGAUGGAAUUGCAUUUCCGCUCCUUAAGCACCUACCUAUCGAAGCUGUCGUUUAUCUUGUCAACCUUUUUAAUUCGGUCCUUAAAAAUGCUAGACCUAUUCCAGAGAGUUGGAGGACUCAAGUAGUGGUUCCUAUUAUUAAACCAGGUGGAGAUCCUGAUAUGUUACCUUCAUAUCGCCCGAUUAAUCUUGCCUCCUGUAUUUGUAAAAUUAUGGAAAUCAUGUUAAAGAGGAGAAUGGAGUGGGAGCUAGAGCACUAUCUGCUACUUUCGAAUUCUCAAACCGGAUUUCGUCGGGGUAAAUUAACUUACGAUAAUCUUGCCAACUUGAGCAGUAAAAUUCUGAGUAAUCUUAGUAGUAAUAUUCCUUGUAUCCUGGUUACUCUGGAUAUAGCGUCUGCUUAUGACAAUGUUAAUAUUGACUAUCUUUAUGUGGCCAUGAGUAGUAUGGGAAUUCCUCAAGAUGUCGCGGAUACAAUAAAAAGGUUGUUAUCGGAGAGAAAGCUCGUGGUUAGGGAUGCUUCCACUUCAUCGUUAGUUGGUCCCUGAUCUACAUCUAAGGGAGUCCCACAAGGCUCGCCUCUGGCACCCCUUCUCUUUAACAUUUAUGUCAACCGUAUCAACCGUGUAUUCCUGCGGAAGUUACUUUACUUCAAUAUGCCGAUGAUAUCGCCCUUGUUGGGGCAGAUCGAGGCUUGUCUCGUUUGAGCUUAGUUCUUAAGCAAGCAUUAGAUAAUGUGGCUAACUUCCUGCACGGCCUGGAAUUAUCUAUUAGCCCUUCUAAGCCAGCAGCGGUAAUUAUUUCUAAAAGAAAAGUUAGGGUUACUCCUCCAUUUAUAUCUGUUAAUGCGGAAAAUAUCCCGUGGAAAAACUUUACCACCUAUUUCGGGGUAGUAUUUGAUUCUAAACUAUCCUGGCUUCCGCAGGUAGAGAGGAUGAUAUCGAAAGCUUCAGCUGGGAUGAAUAUUAUGAAUAUUAGCAAGGACUUGGUAGAGGGCGCAUCCGUCUACUCUUAUUUCUUUCUGUAAAGCCUUUGUAAGAUCUCACUUAGAUUAUCUGUCAUUGCUAAAUUAGGACUCUAUCUAUCAAGGACUUAGAAUUGACCUUGGAGUCAUGAAAUCGACUCCUAUUAAUGUAAUUCUGGCCGAAGCGUGUGAAACUAUUUUGGAGGUUAGAAGAUCAUAUCUGGCAUCUAAACUUCUCCUUAAGUCGUAUAGUGUCAUUAAUAACCCCCUGUAUAAUGCGCUUCAGGAACGAUAUGUACGAAUGCAACUUAAUUUUAAUUUUUUUCGCAAUAAGUAUGUGCACCCUUUGAUUGAGGCAUUUGAUUUGAUUUCACCUUAUCUGAGUUACAUUGACUCGUAUAAUGUUUUCCCCUGUUUUCAGGUUGAUAUUGAUUCCCAGAUUCUCCCUCUGCAUUUUGUAGAUUCAGGGUUUUCUAAGAGUUUUCCUAAUGAACAGGUUUUUCGGGAGAUGUGUGAACAGAACUGGCCCUCAAAUUAUGCAUUUGUUUUUACUGAUGCCUCUGAGGGGGAUGAUAGGGUGGGAAUAGGAGUUUAUAUCCCCCAUCUUAACAUUAAGUCAGGGUGGGGGUUGAAACGUUUUUUUAAUAUUUAUAUGGCUGAAAUGGUGGCAAUUAAGCCUGCACUUCACUUGAUACAUACAUAUAAUUUAGUUAGAGCUGUAAUAGUCUCUGACUCUAAGAGUGCCCUCCAAAGUCUGAAUUCUACAAAGUUCAAUGCUAAAUCUAGUGGUAUAUUCCUAGAUGUUAAACAUAGGCUGAAAGUCCUGGCUCAGAAAGGGUUCCGAAUCUCUCUUUGUUGGGCUCCUAGCCACUCCUGUAUUAGAAAUAAUGAAAUUGUGGAUAGGGUGACCAACCAAGCUAGAGAGAAUGUCCUGUUCCUCAUUUUACUGAGUUUUUUAGAGUUGUUAAAAAUAAUCUAUGGAUUUCCUGGUCUUUAAGAUGGAGAAGAAUGGGUUCCUACAAAGGUAGGAUUUAUACCAGCUUCCACGAGAAUCCUCCGGUCAAACCCUGGUCUCAUGGAUUGAAGCUCACCAGAAAUUACUACAAGGUGCAGAUUAAGAAGUAAUUACUGCUGUUAUCCGGUACACCUAUGCAGAAUAAACGUAAAGGCAACUAAUUUAUGUGAAUGCGGAGAAGUAGGAGACCUUAAUCACAUAUUUUUUGAUUGUGUGAAGCAUCGGAACUAUUCUGAAUCCCUUUAUAGAGACCUGAUUAAUUCUCAUGUUCCCUCUCCUAUACUAUGGCAGGUUAUAAUAAACAAAUUCGGUAAAGUCUUCAUGUUUGCUUGUUUUUCAGCUAGUCCAUGAAUAGAUUCGGUCCAAUGUAUAUUUGAAGCAAUUGGAAACAGGAUUUUUCUAUUAUCUAUUUGUGGAAAUUGGCUGCAAGGAGCAGUUGUUAAAGCGCUAUGAAUAGAAACCUUCCAGUUGCUGUUUUUCUGAAGUUUCUAAUUAGUUACAAGGAUGACAUAUUUUGGGUGCUGUGUGACAUAAUGCUGCUAGGAGGGAAUUUUAAAGUAAAAGUUUUUGGCAUUCAAAGUGGAUUGAAAGACAUGACUUUUAUAAUUGGUCCUUCAGAUCCCUGGACAACUCGGAACAUCUUUUUAUGGUUUACAACACCCUUCCAGCCAACCACACCGGAUAAAUGCAUAUUAGAGACUAGUUUAACACUGUAACCUCACAAAUGUUGUCCAGUGUCAGCACUAGUUUCAAAAAAAUAAUGUGGAUGGUCGCCAUAUCAAAAAAUUUAUUACGAGAAGUGGAGCGAUGGAGUAGCGAGCACCUCUCAAUAUGUUGCCAUGGAAUGAUAAUGCUUUACAAUAACAAAAAAGAAAAUUCUCCUCCGCGUCAUCUGGACGAUUUGAUCGCGAAACGUGGGUUUCAACCCGUAGACUCGACUCCAAAAUGAACCAGUGAUAGACUGACAAACCUAAAACCUAGUUCUACUGAGGGCAAAGAAGGCAAGAAAUCAUCCUCGCAAGCAGCGGUACGCAAGGAAGAUUCCAAUAGGAAGAGAAAUCAAGAGGUCCACUGACGCAUACUAGUCAACCACGCGAAGUUCCAAGAAAUUUUCCUACAAAUCGGCAAGGUUUUUGGCCCACCUAAAAACGUAUUUAAACCGACAGGUCAGGUACCUAACAACUUAACUAACACGUUCGCAGGUAUAGACUUAAUUACAAAAAUACUUAAAACAAAACAAAACAAUAAAUGGCGGCUCACUAAUUAUGUUGAAUGCCUGAUCAAAAACGAAAAUUGUUUAGUUAUAAUAAAAAAAGCGAAAAUUUAAUUAUCCUUGUACAGUAAAUAUCGCACUGGUCAGCAUUAUGAACAAUUUGAUCUUCUGAGACAUACUGAGUAAUAUGGACAAGCGUAAUAGUGGUGGAUCUCUGCAUCCUGAGUCAGGCAAAACCCGACCAUUCUUUCUAUAUCGGCAGAUUUGAUUCCAGACAUAUACAUAGUUAUUUGGUUACUUAUCCACUACUUCCACCUUGCAAUAUCCUUUUACAGCUUGGUAGAAAGGCCCCCCCGAUUUGUCGUGCGUUGUGCAGAUCAGGUUUGAACGCAAUGCGAAACCCAGAGGUCUAUUGCUUAAAUUUUAGAAUUAGAAGAAGAAUUAGAAUUAGAAUUUAGAACUCGUGUUUGGAAUACACGUGAAUAUUCUUUCCCUCCAGCAACCAUUUUUUACGCCGUUUUCUCUUUUCCACAAUAUUUGUUUUCUUAUCUUCAUCUGCCAACAAAACGCAACUGCGAAAAGCAGUAGCUUUUUCUUUUUGAAAUUGUACAAGAUUCGCAUUAAAGGAUUUAAAGGAUACUGAACUUCGGCGAAUAGAAGAAAUUUUAGUCCUUUGAUUGAGGCUCUACAAAGAAGUCCCGCAGUUAAAAUGGCAGCAUUGACGAGUCCGUUAGCGAUCCAAGUGCGCGUAAAAUUCGUCGAAUCCUGCAGAAGACUGCUCCGACUACGAGUGCAGGAUGCCGUUGCCUGAACUGAGUAGGGUAACAUCAAGAGGACAUCCCCAGAAGUAGUCGAGCUUCCUUCAUGGACAACGAAAACAGUAAAAAUUUAAUGAUAUAUAAUAUGAAAUUCGCAAAGGAAGAGACAUCGGUGUGCAACAUCAUACACACAAUAAAUUGCCAUGGGUUGAAAAUACUGAACGAUAGCCAAAUUCAAAAAGUAUCCAUUCAACAAUACCAGAUACGUUACUUCCCGAAUAUCCAGAUCAUCUCCAGGGCACUAGAUGAUCAAUGGAAUCGUAACU